UUUAAGCCCAUGAAAUAGGGCGAAACCUUAAACCAGACACCGAGUGCAAGAGCGCCGAGAGGCAGAAAGUCAGAGAAAAGAAAAACGGAAAAAAGGGAUGAGAGGUAUUGGAGGGCCUUUGCUUACCAUAGGGGAUCUGCUUAGCGAUGUUGGGGAAGAAUCUGGUGCAGCUCCAGACCACCAUCACCACCAUGAUACCAGUCUUCCAUCACCAUCAUCAUCGUCAUCUUCAAUUCUUAAUUCCAUUGAUGCCCCUCAAUCCUUGGACCUCACCAAACUCUUCCAGGAAAAUUAUGAGAAAUUGAAUGGGGCACUUGCUGGUUCGGACCACUCGUGGACAGCUCUAACUUUAAAGCUAUGCACAGCUUUGGAAACUGCAAACAAGUUGGUUCAGUCCACCGACACAAAUGUUAGAUUGCUGUCGGAGAAGGUGGUGGAACUUGAGAAAAUUGUCAAGAGGGGAGAUUCUGCAAUUACAGCGGCCAGAGCCAUCUCUAUCUCUCUAAACCAAAAAGGAGGAUCAUCUGUUGGUAGUCAAAACAAAAAACAAUCUAGGUCUCAUCAAGAACAUAUGAAGUCAUAGUCCUUGUGUUACUUCUUGGAAGCAGCAUUAUAGCUAGGAACAUGUCCCAAGGGCCGAAAUAAUCCUGGAAGAACAGAAUCCGAUCCUUUUUAAAUGAACUUUUGUAGGUGUAUGCACUUUGCAUUUGCUCUAACAAAGUUUUGUUUCUUUUGGUAGAUAAUGCCAGUUUGAAAUUGGGGUAAAACCUGUUUUUAUUCUACAUUUAUUAUUUUUUCUGUAUUGUUUAAAGAACAUCACACUUUUAAAUUGGCCUAUAUUAAGGCUUCAUUUGACUGAUAGUGAGAUUGGUUCCGGUGAGAUUGAAAGCAAUAAUAAAGGUUAUUUAGCUGCUAUUGAAAAAAAAAGUUAUUGUAACUGUGACUUAAAAAAAAAAUUA